AUUUUGGGUGGCGCGAACAGUGUUGUAGUUUUUCAAUUGGUUUGCUGGAGCACCUAAACGUUUUAUUAGGAAGCCAGACAUUUAGUUUUGUUUGUUUGUUUGUUUGUUUUUAUCGGCUUCUUCAGUCGCUAUGUGCGAAAAGAUUAAUAAGGUGAACAGCUGGCUCAGCAAAGUGUUUGGCGAUCAGCCGGUGCCACAGUUUGAAGUAAACACAAGAACGGUGGACGUACUGUACCAGCUAGCACAGUCCAGUGAAGCCCGGUGCAGUGACACAGCUCUCCUCGUAGAAGACCUCAAGCAGAAAACAUCAGAGUAUCAGGCUGAGGGUGCUCAUCUCCAGGAUGUUCUUCUACAAGGUGUUGGAUUGUCCUCUGCAAGCUUGUCAAAGCCCGCUGCUGACUACUUGUCUGCUUUAGUGGACAAUGCUAUGGUGCUUGGAGUGAGAGACACAUCACUGGGGAGCUUUAUGCUAGCAGUGAACAACGUCACUGGUGAACUUAUGGAAGCAGAGAAGUCAAACAGAAGACUUGAAAGAGAACUCAGGGCCCUCAGGAAGAGACUUGGUGCUACGCUGGUGCUGCGGGGCAACUUACAAGAGGACAUCAACAAAACUGCCAAAUCUCAGGCAGUGGAGAGCGCUAAAGCAGAGGAGAGGCUGCUCGACAUGAAUUUUGUGACGGCAAAAGCUAAGGAGCUCAGCAAUAGACGGGAGAGGUCAGAGGCCGAACUUGUAUCCAGAAACAUGGACAAGACUAUUACCCAUCAGGCUAUUGUGCAGGUCUCUGAGGAAGUCAAUGUGCUGAAGAAAGAAAUAAUCCCCUUGAAAAAGAAACUGGGGCCGUACAUGGACCUGAGCCCAAGCCCUUAUCUUGCUCAGGUGAAAAUAGAAGAGGCAAAAAGAGAAUUGGCUGCGCUUGAUUCCCAACUUGAGAUGAAUGUUGAUUUUAAAUGAAGAUGUAUGUAAUGACGCAGUCAUUUUGUUUUGAAGCUGCACACUUAUUCCAUUUGA